AUGGAAAGAAGCAAUCACACUGUCACUGAGUUCAUCCUGGUGGGCUUCACAACAGACCCUGUGGUGCAGCUGGUCCUGUUUGUGGCCUUCGUUGGUGUCUAUUCUGUGACCCUGAUAGGAAAUACCACCCUCAUGGUGUUGAUCUGUAAUGACUCUAGGUUACACACACCCAUGUAUUUUUUCACUGGGAAUCUGUCUUUUCUGGAUCUCUGGUAUUCCUCAGUCUACACCCCCAAGAUCUUAGUGACCUGCAUCUCUGAAGACAAAAGCAUCUCCUUUGCUGGCUGUGUAGCCCAGUUCUUCUUCUCUGCUGGGCUUGGGUACAGUGAGUGUUACCUGUUGGCUGCCAUGGCUUAUGACCGCUAUGUGGCUGUUUCCAACCCCCUGCUUUAUGCUCAGGCCAUGUCAAGGACACUGUGCUGCUCUCUGGUUACAUAUUCCUAUACUGGAGGUUUUGUCAAUGCAAUAAUACUCACCAGCAACACAUUCACCCUGAAUUUUUGUGGUGACAAUGUGAUCGACGACUUUUUCUGUGAUGUCCCACCCCUGGUCAAGUUGGCAUGUGAUGUGAAAGACACCUACCAGGACGUGCUCUACUUCCUCCUGGGCUCCAAUGUCGUCGCCCCUGCCGUGCUCAUCCUGGCCUCCUACCUCUUCAUCAUCACCACCAUCCUGAGGAUCCGCUCCACCCAGGGCCGCCUCAAAGCCUUCUCCACCUGCUCCUCCCACCUCAUCUCUGUCACCUUGUACUAUGGCUCCGUCCUCUACAUCUACUCCCGCCCGAGUUCCAGCUAUUCUCUUGAGCGGGACAAGGUGGUGUCUACAUUUUACACUGUGCUCUUCCCUAUGUUGAACCCCAUGAUCUACAGUCUGAGGAAUAAAGACGUGAAAGGAGCCCUGAAAAAACUCUUCAGGAUUAUGCAAACUGAAGGGUAA